AUGUCAGCCUCGAGCAGAACGGUUACCUCAGAUGAACUGGGUUUAUCAUCAUCACACCAAAUUCAACCAAGGUUUAAAGGAUCUAACGAGUACUUUGAUCCACCGUUGGAAGGAAAACAUGAAUGUCCUAUCUGUCAAAAGAGACUGAGAGAGCCAGUGCAGACAAGCUGUGGUCACAGAUUUUGUCGUCGCUGUAUUGUUAGCUCUAUUGGAUUUGCAUGGUUGAUGGAGUUCCUACACUAUCUGAGGACUUGGAAAGAGAAUGCUGUCAACAGACCGGGUAACUUCACCCAGAAUGCCAGAAACCGAAUGUUUCUCUCAUGGCAGACAUAUGAGAGCUUCUACAUAUCUGUACAUUCUGCUGUCGAGGAGACAAAAUUUUUGCUCCAGGAAGGGUUUGAAUUUGCCCUCACAGAACGGUUCUGCCAGGAUCCAUUAGAGGAGUACUUCGGGGGCCAGUGGAAACUGGGUAGACGCAGUGACAACCCUGAUAUAAAAGCAUUUGGGUAUAACAGUAACACACUAAGAAUGCAGAGAACAAAAAAAACUGAAAAUGUAGUUAAGGAGAAAGCUGGGAUGCAAUAUCUUAGCGGUUAUGUUCUGCACAACUUACACAAAAAACAUGGACGAACUAACUCAGUGGAGAGCCAAAAAGCUAUGGCAGUACUGAAAGCUAGGAAACUGGAGAGCAUAACUGACGCUAGCCAGAAACUUGUGUCAGCUUUGAAUCGUGGGGGACUUUGGUCAAUCACUCAGCCUGCACAGCAAAUAUUUUUUUUAGUAAAAACAGAAUGUCAUUUUAGACUAUUCACAUCAAAGCCUGAUUUGCAAAGAUUGGAUAUUUCCAGCAUCACUAACAAAGCAACCAGUGAUAGUCACAUCCUUGCUAACUACAAUUUGAUGAUAUCAGAUGCCGAACUUGAGCCAGACAGUCAUGUUUGUAAGGAUGUCUUUCGUGGGAUUGUUAGUCUGUAUGUACAUGUACACUGGUUCUCUUUUGCCAAGGAUGUCAUUCAGCAUUACAAGAUCAAGGCAACCCAAACCAAAGCAAGGGCUUUACGCAAGGAAAUUAGUAAAAGUUGUCAAGGUGAUGACCAACAAAGGCAGGAAUAGGAGUGAUAAUUCACAUUAUUUUUUGAUUUCUUAAUUAGUACCUUAUGAUCAGUACCACCAUUUGCAGUGAGGACAAUAAAUGUAAUGUUAACUCUGAA